UGCAAGUGAUAUAGACAUCAGCAAUGGCAAAUCCCGCUGAAGCCAUGGCGGCAUCUCACGGGUUCGAAGGUUCCGGGCAAAUUCCGAGCCUUCCGGUCACUCCAGGUGGGUUUCCAGCCCUUUUGGAUGCUGCAAGGCAGCAGACCGAGCUGGUAUUUUGGAUGGUAAGGACAGUGCAGGAACACGAAAGUAAGAUCACAUCUCUGUCAAGGCAACUAUCUGACCAACUUUGCGUGCAAAAGUUGCUCAGCGAGGAGCGCAAGAGCUUUCGGGCGCGGAGGAUGCCUUCGAGCAUGGGAAAUCGGGGGCUGAGCCGGGAGAGCUUCAACUCGGCCGAUUUCAACAUGUCGCAGGCACCAAGCAGCCCACGCGCAGCUGCAGAUUUGCACGACUCCAUUGAAGAGAAGCCUCUUCAGGAGGACAAGACCCACAUCGAGCAGGUCAACGUUGAUCUAACCGCGGACGCCCAGGAAGCGGACAUUCAGAACCUUCUUGAGGCCUCCGACUCCCAAGCAGAUCUUCCAGACUCCUCUGCGACAGACUCUGCAACAGACUCCAAAGAAGCUCCGGGGCGCACCCAGAGCAUGUCUUCGGAGGUGCGGCGCUUCUCCUUUCUAGAAGGCGGUCGCCGGCCUUCGACCCGCAGCCUACCGCUGCCAGUAGAUCCCAGCAUGGCGGGCAACAACAUCACGGAGGAAAGACUGGUUGAGCGCAUGGAAGAGAGACUGCAACAAGUCCUUGCAGAGGACGUGGAGCAUCGUUUGGAGGAUUUAGCACAGUACAUCCAAGAGGAGAUGUAUCGCUUCGUCCUGGGGCCAGAUCUCAUGGAACGAGUGAGGCAAGAAGCCUCCUCGGUUUGUUCCAUCGAGAUGGCGGUCGCGCUGGCUGCCCAGGACAAGAAGAUGGAGGAGUUGGUCCUCAUGAGAGUUGAGGCUGCUCUGGGUGACUGGCAGCCGCCGUCACCAGCUCCUCCACCUGCCCCACCCACGCCCCCACCGAACACGGAGCUGUUGGAAGCCGCGGAGGCGCUCUCUAAGAGGGUGAACACGCUGGAAGACAUGGUGUCCGAGCUGAAGGGAGUUCGGCUUCAAGUGCCCGACAUGCGCAACGACAUUUCUACGUUGCAAUCCUCCAUUGCAGCAUGUGUGCAGACCAUCGAGGAGCUCGAGGUUCAGCAGCAAGAGCUGGCAGCUGCAGGAGCAAAGCGUGCCUCUCCGGCGAGACAAAUGAUGACACCAUCAGGCAGCGCUGCUGAUGCUGACGGCCUGGAAGAUGAGGUUCCGGCUGUGGCUUCUCCGUCUCCAGCUCCCUCUCCCUCACCAUCUCCCGCUCCUCCAAUGCCGGCGCCAGCCUCACCUGAUGUGAUGAAGCCUAAGAGGAGGCUGAGCGACAUGCUUGGCCUGUACAUGCCUCCUCCACCCAAGCAGCCAGCGGUGGAUGAUGCCCAAGUGCAGGAUGGAGCGUUGCGAGUGGGCAGAUCUCCGAAUCCGCAAAGUGAGGAGCUGAUCUCUCGCACGGAGACCAUGAAGACGAGGGUCGAGCAGUUGGAGCAGCUGGUGGGAACUGAGACGGCUUCCAGGCGGAACAGUCUGCAGAACAAGAUCAACGACAUAGACACGCUAGCCCAGAUCCUGGAAGAUCGCAUGCGGGAGCUUGACACCGACUACCGCAGCUCCAACCAGAAAGUGCAGUCCCAGCUGGACAUCCUCAUGGCCGCUCAUGAGACUCAGCAAGCUGAGGACCUGAAGCACAACAAGACCUGGAACCUGGCCAAUCAGGUCGAUGUGAUUCUCAGCAUUGUCAAUGCAGAGAUGAGGUCCGUGCGAACCGAGUUUGACCAAAAGCUGAGCACGGCGAUCCUAUCUGGUAAAUCUCAUGGAGAUCACGAGGAGAAGAUGCGAGCCAUGGGCGACAAGGAGAUGCAGGACCUGGAGGAGAAAGUCAAAAGACUUCAGGACAGCCAGCAGCAAAGCAUGUUGAAGAUUGCUGGCCUUCGGUCAGCUCACAAGCAUGCAGAAGCUCAGGCGAACUUCGCCCUGGAGAAGUUGAAGCGGCUGCAAUCGGAGGUGGGCAAUCUGGUGGACCAGGUAGUGGGCCAGCAAGCGCGUCUGGACUACCUGCUGGUGCAUGGCGCGGCCACGCAGCAUGAGGGAGGUUCCUUCAAAGCCAUUGUGUCUGUGGGCAAGGACGACGGGAAGAAGCCGAAGUUGAAGGCUGGGGUUACUAUGCCACCGAGGCAGAUGGCUGAGAAGACACCGACACACGCUGAUCGCUCCAGUCCCGACUUCGGCAAGAUGCCCACUGAGAGCUCUGGGCAGGAGGAGGUGAAUGCCUCGCGCAUGGCCCGCCUGGGCAAGAAGAUGUUAGAGCUAGACGGUGAGGUCAACCGCAGCAUCUCAGAGCUGCGAGGUGACCUCCAGGGGGUGAACAAGACGCUGCUGGCCUUCCUGGAGCUCCUGCCGCGGCGGCUCCGGAGGAUGCUGCAGCGGCAGCUGUUCCCCGAGCCCAGCGAGGAUGACACGGAAGACAUUAAGGUCGAUUACAAGUCCGACGACGGCAAGAAGGUGAUGUUCGAUGCAAACGUGGAGACCCGAACCUUUACGGUGGAAGAGGACACAGGCCGCCUGCCGUGGCAACUGGCAGGGGAGCCGGACAUCAAGUGGAGCUGGUGCUUCAAGCCCCGGGACGAGAUGGGAAGGGACCUGGCCAUGUGCUUUGAGCAGUUUGAGACCGAGAGGGAGGAGUUCGAGGCGAAGAUCUUGCAGUGGCUACAGAGCGGUGGCGCGCCGCCGAACCUCACCCGGGCCAGUGUGAGGGGGUCAGUGUGGGCUGGGCAUUCAGGCGGAGGUGGUAUGGUCACAGACCUUGCCAUGGCAGAAGAUUCAGCAGUCGCUCUACCCCAAAUGAUGCACAUGGAGGAGCGUCUCGAGAGGCUCGGCACGGAGUUCUUCAAUCUGAAGAGGGUGCAGGACGUGGACCACGUGAGGAAGGUGGACAAGGAGGAGCUGCAGCAGCUUGCAACGCGCUUGGGCUCCAUCGAGAAGCUGAAUGUGCCAGAUCUCAAGAUCCGGAUCGAGUCUUUGGAGGGCGACACAAAGUUCACUGCUCAAAGUCUGUCCGAUGUCGCCGAGAAGCUCUUUAAGGUUGAGUCGGUGGCAGUGCCUCGAGCGGAGCUGGUCAAGGUGCAGAACGGCUUCGAAGACAUGAGGUCAGACCACCAAGCCAUGAAGGUUGAGCUCAAGGAGAUUUCGGCAUCAUCAUACAACUCCAACCGCAAGUUUGUGCAUGAGCUUACGGAGGUGAAGAGUUGGGCGGAGCACACCGUCGCCGGCCUCGAGAAGAAGAAGGUGGACAUCCCGGAUCUGGCGCAGCUCGUGGAGAAGGUGUCCAAGUUGGAGUAUUCCAUCAAGGAUAACCGGCGCAUCCUUGGAGAUGGUGGGCAGGAGAUCAACGCAGUUGUGAGGCGCAUUAUUUUGAACCUCGAGGACAAGAUCAUGGUCCUGGAAAAGAAGAUAGAUGCCAUCGCAGACGCCAGGCCAAAGGCUCAGGACUCAAUGCGGAUCAGGGAGGAAUCUCCUUCCAAGCAAAGCUUCAGCUAUCAGUCGACUGACAUGCAGGAGGCUGCGGUGCAGUCCAUCGGCGAGGAGCUUUCCGCUAUGACGGAGGCGGUGACCAAGCUGAAGCAGGACCUGUCCGUCAGCAAGGUGCACAUUGAUGAGAUGGCGGAGCAGGGCCAGCAGAACUUGGAGCUGGCGAGCCGGCUUCACGUCUUUGUGCAGAGCAGCGGCAUGGAAGGCAUGGAUGACGAGGGCACUGCGCUGUCGUUGAACAGGGUGCAGGUCAUGGUGGCUGCUGCGGCACGGCAGCUGGUGGCCGGGAGCAAGUGGAUCACAAAGGAGACCUUUGACAGCCGCUUCGACCAGAUCCGGGGGGAGUACCUCAAGGAGCUCAGACAAGUGCAGGCGAAGUUGGAAGAUUUGAGCUCCAAGACUGCUGCACCCAACCUGGCCUCGGUGCAAGUCACCAUGCCCACCAUGCCCGCCAAGCUGCCAAAGAUGAUCCUGCAGCACGUGGCCCAGGACCGGCUGGGAACCGCUCCAGCCACCACCCGGCCGAUCGCAGCGCCCAUGACGGCGCGCACCUCUCGGCCGGCCACGGUGGAAGCCAGGCCGCGGGCGCGGCACGGGCGCACAGAGUGAUUCAGUGAGCGAGGACACUCGGCCGCUGCGAACGAGCGCGUCGUUCUUUUCUCAUUGGUAGAGACCUAUGCUUGAUGGCCAAGCCACAGGCAGUCUUCCGGGCUUCACUACAAGAGGUCCAGUGCAAGUGUCAGAUGCCGGCAAAUGCUUAUCUCUGAAGACUUUGAGGUGACAUGGCGUCGCUUUGGUUUCGCUCUUGGCCGCAGACAUGUCUUGCCAUUCCUGCGAUCCAAAGCGCGCAGAGGGUGUGAAUUGAACGCCCCUGCCAUCUCUAGGUUGGCAUGAAGACAUAGCGAUG